AUGACAGGACUACAACCUGUUUCUAGCCUUAAAGGCAAAAGCGUGACGAGUGCUGAACAAUUUACUCGUGAUGAUAUUGAUGCGUUAAUGCGUCUUGCACUUCUUAUGAAAGAGAAGGUUGACAGUGGUGAGGUACUGCAUCUCUUGCAGGGUCGCAUCAUGACUCCACUCUUCUUUGAAGACUCCUCUCGCACCUUCAGUUCCUUCUGUGCUGCGAUGAUUCGUCUUGGUGGAAGUGUUGUGAAUUUCAAAGUGGAAUCCUCCUCCGUGAAUAAAGGCGAGACAUUAAGUGAUACGAUUCGCACAUUGGAUUCCUACAGUGAUGUGUUGGUCCUGCGGCAUCCACGCACGACGGCGAUUGAAGAGGCGGUCGCUGCGGCCCAACAUCCCGUGAUGAAUGCCGGCAACGGCUCCGGUGAACAUCCAACACAGGCACUGCUGGAUACUCUCACCAUUCGUGCCGAGUUGGGUUAUGUGGAUGGCAUCACCAUUGCCCUCAUUGGCGAUCUCAAGAUGGGUCGAACUGUACAUUCUUUACUAAAACUGUUGGUGCGUAAUUUUAACAUUCAAACUGUUUUUCUUGUGGCCCCAGAUGCCCUUCAGAUGCCGCAGGAAGUGUUGGAUUCACUGCAGAAGGAAAUUACGGCGAAGGGGGUUCAUAUUCGUCGUGUCUCUGCGUUAACAGAAGAAGUGAUGCGAUCGAGUGAUGUGUUGUAUGCCACCCGUUUACAAAAAGAACGUUUUGUGGCUUCUGCGAGUGAUGAUGCGGCGGCCCUGCAGUCCUUUGAGUCUGUGAAGGCCGAUAUCACCAUUGAUGCGGCCCGCAUGCAAUUAGCGAAGGAAAAGAUGAUUGUCAUGCACCCACUGCCUCGCAAUGAGGAACUCAACAGUAAUGUGGACACAGACCCACGGGCGGCAUACUUUAAGCAGAUGCAGUACGGUAUGUUUAUGCGCAUGGCUAUUUUGUAUAGUGUAUUGGCGUAA